ACAUUAGCACUAUUUUAUGGUCACAAGUAACAUUGUGUUCUCUCUCUCUCUCUCUCUCUCUCUGACACACACGCAGGGAGGUCAUGUGACCGACGCACGUUGUCUUCUUUUAGCUCAGGAACCUCUCGGGAAUGUUUGCGAGCUAAAUUUGUCCUAGGAGCUGUCCCGGCUGACGGGAAGUCUCCGGUAUCCCCGGGUCACGGCAGCGUCUUCCGGCGUGACCGACGGGCUAAGCGCGACCCUUUGGGUCGGCUCUCAUCCGGAACCUUCUCCUGACGACCGGAGCGCUCUAACGGACAACACGAGAACACUUGGGGAGUCGUUUGGGCCCGUAGACAGGAAGUUGGGCGUGCGGACGGUAAGAUGCGUGAGUUGUUUCUGUUGCCGGGUAGACGUUCCGCCGGUCUCCCUGCCCCCGCGGUCUCCUUCUCCGUGAGGACCUCCAGAACCUUCCCCUUCUUCCGUGUGGUCAAAUGCUGCAGGUGCCGCCCGAACGGUUCCGGUCCUCCCGCUCCCGCCUCCGAAACCUCUUUGACGUCCCGUCUCCGUUUUUGUUGUAUUUGCAGCUCCGAGGAGGACCGAAGCGUUUUCUUUUCCCGCCUUCAGCUCAGCGACUUUAACGUGGUCCAGACGCUCGGAGUCGGAGGAUUUGGACGCGUCCAGCUGGUGCAGCUGAAGCGCGAGCAGACGAGGACGUUCGCCAUGAAGCUCCUGAAGAAGCGGCAGCUGCUUUCGGGGGGGCAGCGGGAGCAGGCGCGCUCGGAGAAGGUCAUCAUGAGCCAGACGCGCUGCCGCUUUGUGGUCAGGUUGUAUCGCACCUUUAAGGACAGCAAGUACCUGUACAUGCUGAUGGAGGCGUGUCUCGGCGGCGAGCUGUGGACGCUCCUCAGGGACAGGGGUUGUUUUGCGGCUGCGUGCAGCCGCUUCUACGUGGCGUGCGUGCUGCAGGCGUUGUCCUACCUUCACGCCAGACGAAUCGUGUACAGGGACCUGAAGCCCGAAAACGUCCUCCUGGACGCCCGCGGUUACGCCAAGUUGGUGGACUUUAGUUUCGCCAAGAAGCUCGGCUUCGGGGAGAGCAGGAAGGCAAAGACGAACGAGACGGAGAAGACGUGGACCUUCUGUGGGACUCCCGAGUACAUGGCCCCGGAGGUCAUCCUCAACAAAGGUCACGACACCCGCGCUGAUCUUUGGUCUCUUGGCGUCCUCAUGUUUGAACUUCUCACUGGCAGCCCCCCGUUCUGCGGCGCAGACGCGGUGCAGACGUACGCCGCGGUCCUCCGGGGCGUGGACGUGCUAGAGUUCCCCGAGAAAAUCAGCCAGGACGCCGCCGAUCUCAUCAAGAACUUGUGCAGGGACGAGCCCGGAGAGAGACUGGGAACGCUGAAGAACAGCGAGGACGUCCGGAUACACCAGUGGUUUGAGGGUUUCGAUUGGGAAGGCUUAGAGAAAGGAACGAUGACCCCGCCCAUCACACCAAACGUCUCGUCUACGACUGACACCGGCAACUUUGACCGUUUUCCCGCGGACAGCGAGGAACCGCCUCCGGACGACAACUCGGGAUGGGACUACGACUUCUAAGAGUAGAAUGUCCUCCGAAUGUUGGCCACCCGGGUCCAACAGCUGUACACACCUAAUGUUGGAUGCUUUCUCUCGAAACAUUGAAUAUUAAACUUAUGAUUUCGGUACUGUAAAAUUAUGAUUCUGAUGAUUAUUCUGACACAAUUACUCAA